CCCAUGCUGCCAAGUCCUCGGACUCCCAUGCUCUGGACUAGUAGGGGCAUAAGCCAAGCAGGAAGCUCACUGCCCCCCACGUACAUGUGAAAAGCUGCCCAAAUUGGAUCUCCUCGGGAAAAUGUUUGGAUCUGAAAGAUCUUUCCUAGAACGGCCUUGCAAACCAGUCGUGCUUGGCCUAAAACCAGAAAUUACAAAAGUGGAAAGAAAGAAAAGCACCAAACUACGACCAAUAUGGAUGAACACUAAUCUUGCCAUAAAUGGUGCUCUGUGCUUCACCUUAAGCAGGGUGACUGCAAGCCCCGAGGACGUAAAGGACGCCAUUGAGUCUCAACUCGGCUGUGUGAUAGACUAUCUCCGCUUCAGUUCUGUGGGCGAGGCCGACAUAGAACACAAGACCAUGUGGGUGUUCACCGUGAAGGGAGGAACCCUCAACAGACAAGCCUUGCACCACGGCAUAAAGAUAAAUGGCAAGCGCUCGCGCAUCCGUUAUCUCGAUGACGUCGUGAGGCUGGAACCAAAUGCAUACAAGAUGUACAGGUCCAUCGAGGACGAAACAUUGUCGAAAGCCUUCAGCUGGUUCAUGUAUUAGAAACUAGUUAACAUUAUUAUCAAACAAUCACCUGUGAUUAUUGGUAAAAUAACCUAUUAAACUGAGACUAUAGGAACUGAGAUAACAAAAACAAUGAACGGGCAAAAGUAAUUUACUAAAUUGUACAUAUAGAAAAUGAAUUAUUUAUCAAACAGCCAGUGGGGUCAAACAUUACUGAAUUGUGCAUAGGAACUGAAUUACUAUGCAGUGGGAGAAUUCAAAGGUCAACUAAUCUACAUAAUUAUGCACUAUAAUAGAUAAUGACUUAACAUAUAACAUAGAAAACAGGUAUACCUACUAGGCCAUGGGAUACAUAUGGUAACAGUGAAAAAAUGGGGAUCCAUACUGUCACCUGUGUUUGAGAGUACCAUAAACAAUGUAAUUUUUUUGUAAUUGACGUAAGGCUAUAAGAGAUAACCUCCUAUUUUUGCUCAUCAAAAUGCCCACACAUGCAUCAGUGGCAUGUAUUAUAUAUCAGAUUACAGAUUAUGAUCUACUGGAUCACAUGACAUGCAGCAUCAUACUGUAAUAUCGCUACACAACUCUACUACAUUAUGGUUUUUAGAAGACCUAAUAUGUCCUGAACACAAAACUAACUGGUAACAGAAUGGGUUUUUUGGGAUUCACUACUCAUUUGUCACCUGUGUUUGACCAUGUGACAUACUAUAAUAUUGGAUAUCUACUAAAAUUUCACGACUUUGUCAUUAUGCCCCAUUUAUCAUAGUAUUUUCUUUUACACAAGAACACAUCGAAUGUCUGUCAACUGCUUGCUAGUUCUUCAUAUUCUGCUCCAACUCCAUUUCAAAUCACAGUAAUAUCUUCAUCUUGUAUAUUAGUCUAUUAAUCCCCUACCAGUCCAACCGGAGGGGACUGUAGGUUUGCUCUCUGUCCGUCUGUCCUGUCUCUUUAGUAGUCCCCUUCCGGUCCAAUCAGAGGGGACUUAGGUAAAAUAUCCGUCCUUCUGUUUGUCUGACCUGUCUCUUUAUUAGUCCCCUUCCGGUCCAGUCAGAGGGGACUUAGGUAUAAUCUCCGUCCUUCUGUCCGUCUGACCUGUCUCUUUAUUAGUCCCCUACUGGUCCAUUCGGAGGGGACAUAGGUAUAAUCUCCGUCCUUCUGUCCGUCUGACCUGUCUCUUUAUUAGUCCCCUUCCGGUCCAGUCAGAGGGGACUUGGGUAUAAUAUCCGUCCUUCUGUCCGUCUGACCUGUCUCUUUAUUAGUCCCCUACCGGUCCAGUCGGAGGGGACUUAGGUAAAAUAUCCGUCCUUCUGUCCGUCUGUCCUGUCUCUUUAUUAGUCCCCUUCCGGUCCAGUCAGAGGGGACUUGGGUAUAAUCUCCGUCCUUCUGUCCGUCUGACCUGUCUCUUUAUUAGUCCCCUACCGGUCCAGUCGGAUGGGACUUAGGUAAAAUAUCCGUCCUUCUGUCUGUCUGUCCUGUCUCUUUAUUAGUCCCCUUCCGGUCCAGUCAGAGGGGACUUAGGUAUAAUCUCCGUCCUUCUGUAUGUCUGUCCUGUCUCUUUAUUAGUCCCCUAUCGGUCCAGUCGGAGGGGACUUAGGUAUAAUCUCCGUCCUUCUGUCCGUCUGACCUGUCUCUUUAUUAGUCCCCUACCGGUCCAGUCGGAGGGGACUUAGGUAAAAUAUCCGUCCUUCUGUCUGUCUGUCCUGUCUCUUUAUUAGUCUCCUACCGGUCCAGUCGGAGGGGACUUAGGUAUAAUCUCCGUCCUUCUGUCCGUCUGACCUGUCUCUUUAUUAGUCCCCUUCCGGUCCAAUCAGAGGGGACUUAGGUAUAAUAUCCGUCCUUCUGUCUGUCUGUCCUGUCUUUUUAUUAGUCCCCUUGCGGUCCAAUCAGGUAUAAUCUCCGUCCUUCUGUCUGUCUGUCCUGUCUCUUUAUUAGUCCUCUACCGGUCCAAUCAGAUGGGACUUAGGUAUAAUAUACAUCCUUCUGUCUGUCGGACUUGUUUCUUUAUUAGUCCCCUACCGGUCCAGUCAGAUGGGACUUAGGUAAAAUAUCCGUCCUUCUGUCUGUCUGUCUGACCUGUCUCUUUAGUAGUCCCCUUUCGGUCCAAUCAGAGGGGAUUUUGGUAUAAUAUCUGUCCUUCUGUCUGUCUGACCUGUCUCUUUAUUAGUCCCCUACCGGUCCAAUCAGAGGGGACUUAUGUAUAAUAACCGUCCUUCUGUCUGUCUGUCUGUCCUGUCUCUUUAGUAGUCCCCUACCGGUCCAAUCAGAGGGGACUUAUGUAUAAUAACCGUCCUUCUGUCUGUCUGUCUGUCCUGUCUCUUUAGUAGUCCCCUACCGGUCCAAUUAGAGGGGACUUAUGUAUAAUAACCGUCCUUCUGUCUGUCUGUCUGUCCUGUCUCUUUAGUAGUCCCCUACCGGUCCAAUCAGAGGGGACUUAUGUAUAAUAACCGUCCUUCUGUCUGUCUGUCUGUCCUGUCUCUUUAGUAGUCCCCUUCCAGUCCAAUCAGAGGGGACUUGGGUAUACUGUAAACCGUAUUAAUAUUGCGACGUGUUUUUUUCGCGAAUGUAUACCUUAGCGCAUGUUCGCGAUGUGUAAAUUUCGCGAACGACCGUUGACAGCUCAAAACAGCUCACUGUAAUUGUUAUA